AUGGCCACAAGUUGCGACCGCGUCGCCGAAGUUCGCGAGUCCAUCGAGGCGUCGGGUGAAGUAGACUUCCAGAACUAUGCUGGGAUGAGGCUUUAUUUGGGAUGUCGAAGCAACGCCGACUUGGGGAAGCUACUGGAAGAGUGGCCAGCUGUCGGUAGCAGUGACGACGAAGACUGCGACAAAGGCUGCGCCAACAGAAGUCGCAAAGACGUCUGUAAAGAGAGGGAGCAGGCCGAAGACCAAUUACGCAAGAAGGGGCGGACAUUGGUUGACCCAAGCCGUGAGCCCAAGACAGUCGACGAUUUUGAUCGUUUGGUCCUGGUGUCAUUGAACAAUUCCAUAGUGUGGCUCCAGUACAUGGCUUUUCAUCUGCGGCAAGCGGAGAUAGAGAAGGCACGUGCUGUAGCAAGGCGGGCGCUCUCGUGCAUCAAUUUCAGGGAGGAGCAAGAGAAGCUGAAUGUGUGGACGGCACUACUCAACCUAGAGCACAUGUACGGAACACGAGACUCACUCAACAGUGUCUUCAAGGAGGCAGUGCAGUUCAAUGAGCCGCUGAAAGUCUACGAGCACUUGGCGCAGAUCUAUGCAGCGGGCAGCGAGAGGGAGUACAAGCAGAUGCUGAACAAGUUCAAGCAGCAUGCGGAUGUCUGGCUUAGCUUUGGCUUGUUCUACAUGAAAUGUGGACAGACCGAGGAUUGCAGGGACCUCCUUCGGCGAGCUCUCAAAAGCCUACCAAGCUGGGAGCAUAUUGUGCUAAUGACAAAGUUUGCACAAAUUGAGUUCACGUAUGGCGAUGCUGCAAGGGGAUGA